AUGGCUUCUUUACAACCAUUUCCAUUGAAUUUGUUUUGGAAGUGGCAAUUCGACAAUGUUUGUGCUAGCAAUAUCCCGUUUGGGAUAAUUUGGGUAGAUAGAAUGUUGUCAUUCUCAGAUUUGGCUAGAGAAAUAUGUGCAAUUGCAAAGUUAGAUAGAAAUCGGGUGAAUUUGAAUAUUUUAAUGGUGUAUGCUGAGCAGAACAUUAGAAAGGGGCCAUUCGUUGUUCAAGAUGAUAACUCGAUACGAAUGGUUUAUAAUUAUUCAGUGUAUUAUCCAAAAUUAUUCAUCGAAGUAAAAAAUGUUCAUGUAUUACAUCAUGGUAGUACAUCUGAGCACCAUCUGGAACCUAGACCAAGUGGUUGGGAACAUAAUGAAUGCGAAAAUGAAGAUUUUGAAGACUGUGCUGAUAAUGUUGAGAGUGAUAAGGAACCUGACCCUGCGAAUGUAAGUGAUUCAAAUACAAGUGACACAGAUGCAAGUGACUCGGAUGAAAGUGAUUCGGAUGCAAGUGAUACUCCAGUAACUGAAGAAACAGGACAAUUUAUUUUUAGUGAUACUGGUGACCUUGAUCCCGAUUUGGGUCGUGAUCCUAGUGCUCCAGUCUUGUGGGAUGAGAAUUUGGAUAAAAUUGGUGCUGGGACAUGUUUCCGUAGCAAGAAAGAGGUGAAAUCUGCCAUUACCAAGUGGUCAUUGAGAAAAGGGGUGAACUUUUGUAAAAAAGAGAUGAGGGGACGUGUAUGGGCUGUUAAGUGUGUAACCUUAGAUCCGAAAUAUCCAGCUAAGCGGAGGCAUGACACUACAUCCCAAUGGAGUAUGCAAGCAGUGCAAAAAGUUGAGCGCAUCAUUGCAAAAUAUCCAGGGUCUAUAUGCCAUAGAUAUUGUAUGGGUGGUGAAGGAAGUUCGUCCACCUCAUACACAAGAUUAAGCAUUGGUGGUCAUGAUGGUGGUCUUGAAGCAAACCACCCCGUCACUCCUCUAGCCGACACCCAGGGACAGCCGCCGUCGGUGACUAUUGCAAAUCUGGGAAGCUAUAACUCAAAAGAGGAGUCGAAAACGUUGCCUAAAAUACCACAAGAUUGGUAUAUGGUGAAGAGAAACCUUGUGUCAGGCUCUCGAAAGAUAGCAGAAGCCUGUAGUGGGUCUUCGAUUUGCGAACCCAAUUUCCUAUAUGUAAAGGCCCCUGAAAAGUAUUGUGUGGCCUGGAAUUAUCGAGAAGCCGAAGGCUUCGAGGCGGUAAAAGAUGAGUGGACGAAGGAGGAUGAGGAGAAGAACAAAGAAUUUGCCAGUGACUUAGAGAAACUCGAGAGAUAUCCCAAGAUACUAGGGUAUGGAGUGGUGCAACAAUUCAUUCCUGUCAUGCCAAUCGAGGGAUUACAAGCUGACAACAUCAUCGGUGUCCCCUUCAGGGAAAAGGAAGAUGACAAUACUUCCAUAACAAAAUCAGUGCUAGAGAAGAUAAAGAGGAAGAAGAAGAAGAGAGCAGUAGCCAGGGAGUCCGAGAAGGGGCCAACCACGAAAAAGUCGAAAACCCACACUUCUCCCGACAAGGAGAUUGAAGCAAAAAAGCAGACCAAGGAGACUAUUCCCCCUACAACCGAGAAGGAGGCACCUUCAGAGAAGGAGACCAGGCCAAGCACUCGACCCAGUUGCGUCGAGAAGGAAAAAAGUCCUGUCGAGGGGACUGUAACCAAUGUAACCAUCCUGCCCCCUAAGAUACCAGCCGGGGGCCUUGCCGUCACAGUUUACACCUUUGACAAUCCUCCUACCAUCGAGUGCCCUGUGCUGGAAGAGUUCACUGCCAGCCUUACUGAGGAAGAUAGAUUAAAAUUGAUGAGCACAAUCAUGAUGAACCAUGCCAAAAAGUCCAGGGACCUAAGGCGAGAACUAGCAGAACCCCAAGCUAAUAGAGAUCAAGCGGUGACCGAGAAGCGGGUUCUCGAUGAAAGGAACCAUCAGCUGCAAGCCAAGGAAGCUGAGCUUGCCUCGGUAAAAACUCAGCUUGGGGAACUGAAGCAGAAGUUUCAAGAGUAUUGCGACCUACACAUCUCCAAGGAGUACCUUACUAAAUGGUGCACUGCAUUCUGGUGGAGGAUGCUAUCAUCAGGGGGGAUGACCACUGCUGUGGAAGAGAUUAACAUUGCCUCGAUGGCUUAUGGGGGCCACGCAGUUACCGUUGAGGGCUUAAAGAGACUAAAGUCAAAAAAGCCUAUCAAGGCGAAGUGGCUGAAGCAAUUUCUGAAGGAAAACCCAACGAAGACCAUAGGUCCUUGUGAGGAAUUGGCAAUACCUGAAGUUUCCGAGGAGGAUUUUGGAAUUGAUCUUGAGGAAGAUGAAGAUGAGGCUGCUGAGGAGGAUGACACAUGCAAUUCAGGUGCUAAGGACCAAGAUCCCCCAACCGUGGGAGAUACUGGAGGGGCCGAGGAAGGGAACCCUCUUAGCGAGGGAUCAUCUGGAGACCAAACAGGGAAUGACUCUCGUUCCCAGACUGCUGAGAAUGCCCAAUUGAAGCGCCGUGAAAGAAUCAAAGUUUUCCCAUGGUUUCUCAAGAAGUUCCACAUCCUUUCCCUUGUUGAGAAGCAAAUUCAAAUCAGGACAGAGCGCUUCAUUGCCGCCAUCGAGAUGUUGAAGAAAAGGACUAAAGAGGCUGAAUUUUAUUCGAGACAAUCUGCCGUGUUACAGAACGUACUGGUUGAUCGUGAGAUUCCACUUCCCAUUCUCGAGGGUCUAGAUGAACACGCAGAAGCUCGUGAAAGGACGGCCGCCGAAGAAUUCCUUCUUAGGAUCGACGAGCAAGAUUGGGAAAUUUUCGACUUGAAAGACAAACUGAAUCAAUGUAUUGACCUUCUUAGGAAGCGAGGCUUCUCGAUACCCCAAGGAGAAGAUCGUAAUAUUUAA